AUGGCCUCCAUCGCAAGCAUACCAGCCCGCUUAAGCACAGAAGAAACGUGCCUUGCCGAGAACACAUCUGAUCCCGAAGCAAUAGAAACCGACGCGGUCCCAGAAGAUCAGCCCGUGAGGACCUCUACUCAGAUUUGCACAACGUCCUCCCACAGCUCAUUUUGCUGUUACUAUCAACUUUCACCGGUGGAGGGCGCCGAGGUCAAUGUUUCUCGUCGUUUUAGCGAGCUUGAACAUGAGAGGGUUGGGCGUACGAGACCGGACCGUGUAGAGGCGUUUUCGAUAGCGAAGGAGUUCAGCGAAUCGGCAUUUGGGAAUGGUCGAUCGAAGCUGUCAGAGGAGGUGAGUGCUUCAGACGCUAUGGGGGAUAGAGCAAGUACAGAUGUUGUCGUGAACAAAGGUCAAAAGCGGAAACGCGGUGAUGCGGCGGGCACGCUCCAGUGUGAUCCCUAG